UUUGAUUAUUUUAGGGAUUCAGCUCUCAGUUCAGACUUGAAUGGCCAUUCACUGCUUGGAUGUGUGGAGGUAUCUUUCAGAUGAAGGCAUUGAAGCUUGCACAAGUUCUCCUGAUAAAGUCAAUCUAAAUGACAUCAUCCUGAUUGCUCUCAAUACAGACUUGAGAACAAUUGGCAAGAAAUUCCUCCCCAGUGACAUCAACGGUGGAAAGGUAGAAAAGCUUGAAGGUCCAUGUGUUUUGCAAAUUCAGAAAAUUCGCAAUGUUGCUGCGCCAAAGGACAAUGAAGAGUCUCAGGCUGCACCAAGGAUGUUGCGGCUGCAGAUGACUGAUGGUCAUAUAAGCUGCACAGCAGUAGAAUAUAGUUAUAUGUCAAAAAUAAGCCUGAACACACCACCUGGAACUAAAGUUAAGCUCUCAGGCAUUGUGGAUGUAAAAAAUGGAUUUCUACUCCUGAAUGACUCCAACACCACAAUCCUGGGGGGAGAAGUGGAACACCUUAUUGAGAAGUGGGAGCUACAGAGAAGCUUGUCAAAACACAAUAGAAGCAAUAUUGGAACUGAAGGUGGACCACCUCCUUUUGUGCCUUUUGGACAGAAGUGUGUGUCUAAUGUCCAAAUGGAUAGCAGAGAACUUGAUCGAAGGAAGACCCUGCAAGUUACAAUGCCUGUCAAACCCCCAAGUGAUAAUGAUGAAUUUGAAAAGCAAAGGACAGCUGCUAUUGCAGAAGUUGCAAAGAGCAAAGAAACCAAGACAUUUGGAGGAGGUGGUGGUAGUGCAAGAAGUAAUCUCAAUAUGAGUGCUGCUGGUAACCGAAAUAGAGAAAUUUUACAGAAAGAAAAGCCAACCAAAUCAGAGGGGAAACAUGAAGCUGUCUAUAGAGAACUGGUUGAUGAGAAGGCUCUGAAGCACAUAACAGAAAUGGGCUUCAGUAAGGAAGCGUCAAGGCAAGCUCUUAUGGAUAAUGGCAACAACUUAGAAGCAGCACUGAAUGUACUUCUUAACAGCAAUAAACAAAAACCUGUUUCGGGUCCACCUCUGAGAGGCAAAGGAAAAGGCAGGGGACGAAUAAGAUCUGAAGAUGAAGAAGAACUGGGAAAUGCAAGGCCAUCAGCACCAAGCACAUUAUUUGAUUUCUUGGAGUCUAAAAUGGGGACUUUGAGUGUGGAAGAGCCUAAAUCACAACCGCAGCAGUUUCAUCAAGGGCAACACAGAUUGUUGAAUACUGAGCAAAAUGGAAUAAAAGACAGUAAUCAAACAAGAUAUCUUCCUCGGAAUGAUACCAGACAGCCAAGAAAUGAAAAACCCCCUCGUUUUCAAAGAGACACCCAAAAUUCGAAAUCAAUUUUAGAAGGCAGUGGAUUGCCUAGAAAUAGAGGUACUGAAAGACCAAGUACUUCUUCAGGAUCUGAAGGAUGGGCUGAAGAGAGAAUCAGAUGUGAUAGACCCUAUUCUAGAUAUGAUAGGACUAAAGACACCUCAUACCAUUUAGGUUCUCAGCACAAUGAUGGUGCUUUUAGAAAAAGAGAUAACUCUAUGCAAAACAGAUCAGGAAGAGGUCCAGCCUAUGCAGAGGCAAAAGAAAAUCCACUUCCUCAAGAAUCCAUAGAUUAUAAUAAUCAAAAACGUGGGAAAAGAGAAAACCAAACAGCAAAUCCUGAUCAUUUUUAUGACAGGAAACCACGAACAAUAAAUAAUGAAGCUUUCAGUGGUGUAAAAAUUGAAAAACAUUUUCCUAUAAAUACUGAUUACCAGAAUCCUGUCAGAACUAAUAGUUUCAUUGGUGUUCCAAAUGGAGAGACAGAAAUGCCACUGAAGGGAAGGCGCGUAGGACCUAUUAAGCCAACAGGACCCACCACAGCCACACCCUAUGAUGAUAAAGUAUUUUACAGUAGUGGUCCCAAAAGAAGAUCUGGGCCAAUUAAACCAGAAAAAGUACUGGAACCAUCUGUUCCUAUGGAGUAUGCAAAACUGUGGAAACCUGGAGAUGAAUGUUUUGCACUUUAUUGGGAAGACAAUAAGUUUUACCGAGCAGAAGUUGAAGCUCUCCAUUCUUCAGGUAUGACAGCAGUUGUUAAAUUCAUUGAUUACGGAAACUAUGAAGAGGUGCUACUAAGCAACAUCAGGCCCAUUCAAACAGAGGCAUGGCUCCAGCGGAGCUGGACAUGCACAGGAGGAAUCAGAAGAACCGGGUCGAGUCCUGGCUCUGCCACUUACUACCUGUGUGACUUUGGGAGGAAGAAGGAACCUAUGACCAAACUCUUGAGUUCCGUAGAGGAGGUGAUGGCCAGCCUAGGAGGUCCACUCGGCCAACCCAGCAGUUUUACCAACCUCCCCAGGCUCGGAACUAAUAUGAGAAGAGUCUUUGUGAAGAAAGGAGCAAUUGACAGGAACAUCCUGGUCAAAACCUCUUGAUAGACCUUCUAAUUUCCCUUCAGAAUAAGAUGCAGCCAUGGUGGAUAUUAUUAUUUCAAGAAUGAAAAAGCAGAUUUGAGGGGGAGAAAUGCAAGUGAAAGAAUUUUUUCUUCUGCCAUCAAUAAAAAUCAGUGCGCUAUUACA